AUGUUUCAACAGAUCUGGUGGCUGGAUCCAGAACUGACGUAUGGCAAUGCCAAGCCAUUUGUCUUCACGCAGGGCCACUCAGUGUGUAAUCGGUCUUUCUUCCCCUGCUUUGACACACCAGCAGUGAAAUGUACCUAUUCAGCUACUGUCAAGGCUCCAGCAGGCAUACAGGUGUUGAUGAGUGCCACCCAAAGUACCUAUUUAGAAGAGGAAGGUGUAUAUCAAUUUUAUAUGGAAUAUCCAGUUCCUGCCUACCUAGUGGCCCUGGUGGCAGGAGACCUUAUACAUGCAGACAUAGGUCCAAGGAGCAGAGUGUGGGCAGAGCCUUGCCUGCUGCCAACAGCCAUCAGCAAGCUUUCUGGCAUUGUUGAGCGCUGGUUGACUGCUGCAGAGAGUCUGUAUGGCCCAUAUAUAUGGGGAAGAUACGACAUUGUUUUUCUUCCUCCAUCCUUCCCUAUUGUUGCCAUGGAAAACCCAUGCCUGACCUUCAUCAUCUCUUCCAUUCUGGAGAGCGAUGAGUUUUUGAUCAUUGACGUCAUUCAUGAAGUUGCCCACAGCUGGUUUGGAAAUGCAGUCACCAAUGCUACAUGGGAGGAGAUGUGGCUGAGUGAGGGGCUAGCCACAUAUGCACAGCGCCGGAUCACCACUGAGACCUACGGAGCUGCCUUCACAUGUUUGGAGACUGCAUUCCGCCUUGAUGCCCUCCACAGACAGAUGAAGCUCCUUGGAGAAGACAACCCAGUCAGCAAGCUUCAGGUUAAACUGGAGCCAGGUGUAAAUCCUAGUAAUUUAAUGAACCUCUUCACCUAUGAGAAAGGCUACUGCUUUGUUUACUACCUGUCCCAGCUCUGUGGUGACCCAAGACACUUUGACUCUUUCCUAAGAGCCUACAUUGAGAAGUACAAGUUUACCAGCGUUGUGGCUCAAGAUCUUCUGGAUUCUUUCCUGAAUUUUUUUCCAGAGCUGAAAGAGCAAUGUGUUGAGAGCAAAGCAGGACUGGAGUUUGAACGUUGGCUCAAUGCUACAGGACCUCCGUUAGCUGAGCCAGACUUAUCUCAGGGAUCCAGUCUGACCAGACCAGUGGAGAUGCUCUUCAAACUCUGGACCACAGAGCCUCUGGACUCUGUUGCUGCUGCCAGCAGUGUUGACCUCACUAAAUGGAGAACGUUCCAAACCGUGCUUUUCUUGGACAGAUUGCUGGAUGGGUCACCGCUGCCACAUGAGGUGAUAAAAAAGCUUUCGGAAUGUUACUCCUCUCAGCUGGACUCCAUGAAUGCAGAAAUCCGUAUCCGCUGGUUGCAGAUUGUAGUCCGAAAUGACUAUUAUCCAGACCUUUACAAAGUCCGUCGCUUCUUGGAAAACCAGAUGUCUCGGAUGUACACAAUUCCACUUUAUGAGGACCUUUGCACUGGCACCCUCAAGUCUUUUGCCUUAGAAAUUUUUUACCAGACCCAAAACCAGCUGCACCCCAAUUUGCGGAAAACCAUCCAACAGAUCUUAUCACAGGGCUUGAAUCCACUUCCUGCCAUAGACACUACAGCAGUCACUACAGACACACCAGCAAUGGUGCUUGAGGACAAAGUCUCAGAGGCCACAAAUGGUGCCAUUUCACUCAGGGAUGUUAAUGUGUCUGCUUAGAUCACCAGCUCAUGCCAGCCAUGAAGCUUGAAAAUGGGGACAGGAACAGAGGAAGGAUACCAAGUGUUGCCUCCUUGCCCUCAGCCCUGCAGCUGCAGUGUGUUGUUGUAACUGGAUUUCUCUCCCAAAACACAAAGCAAAUGUGCCUUCAAGUAUCCAGCGUGUGACACUGCCAGAUUUCAGAGAUCUCCUUCAGCUGUAGGAUGGAUAUUUUGAUUCAGUUUAUACUGGGCGGGGACUCCUGGGCAGUUGCUUCUCCAUGGAAAGUGGGUAGUUCCCUUUCCUGAGGCUCUUCUGCAUGGUUUCUCCAAGUUUGUUGGUUGAUGGUUUGUUUUGGUUUUUUUCUUUUCUUUUUUUUUUUCCCUCUUUUCUUUUUUUUUUUCCCUCUUUUUGUCUGAGGCCACUGAGGCAUGUCCUACUUGCUGUGUGUACGUUGCUGGGGAGUGUAUAUGUGUCAAGCUGCCAUUAUCCUGAUAUUUGGGCUGAAGUUCUGCAAAGGAGUGACUCAGGAAUUGUCAGUGGCAGCAAACAGGUUUUCAUGUUAUGCUCCUUACUGUGACAGAGGUAUUGUGAUUUGGGAGGUAGGGGACUAAUGCUUAAGUAAUUAAGAAACUAAUUUUAAAUAGCUCCUGUUCCCCCCUGCCCCCAGGUGGCUAAAUAAUAAUAAUGCUUUUUAUA